CAUCACCCAGAUGGCUUUGAUCUUCCCUUUUGGUUUGAUAUGAGGCAAAAUUCAGUCUUCACGAUCGACCAGCCCAGCUUGUGAUUUCUGGCAGUGAUGACAUCAUCUCAGGUGCUGCUGGAUCAUCUCAACAGGUCACAGAGCGUCCAAGCCGGGGUCAUGCCUACCUGAGAAUGUCACACAACUUUAGAGGAAGAGAGUUUGGAAUGAGAUCUGCUGAGUGUACAUCACAGUCUGUGUAUGUCAUAAGCUGUUGGAAUACACAGGACAGCCAUCUGUGUGGACCGUUCUGGAGAUCUGCUCACACACUGAUGAGAUCCCUGCAGCUUCUGAGGAACUACGGAAUCCAGUCAGGAUUUCAAGGGAUUUACCAGUUUAUUCAGAGAAUAAACUUAACCGAGCGUCCAAGGGAUAGAUAACAGAUGGAGAACUGAAGGGAUGUGCCUGAACAGGACGAUCCAUUUGGGAAAACCCAAAGAACCACAGUUGAAUGCCGGAGGAUGAGGAAACGAUCGCACUUCAGUCGGAACUGGAGGCUGUGGAGAAGCAGAUCCAGGAUAUACUAGAGAAGCAGACACGGCAGCGAGAACGUAAAACGGCGCUGGAAACAUCCCGAGCUGACACUCGCAAAUCCGCGGUAAGUUUUCAUCGCGAUUUUAAUACUCCUACCACUUCUACUCCGCAUGUUUCUCUGCACAGAGCCCAGGCUUCGAGAACACGGUCAGCCCAAAUGAACUUCACUCCUGCACCGGCACACCCACAGCGAAAGGCGCGAGCCAGGACUGGAGCGAUGACCCAACCGCCGCCACCGGUCUUCGAGAUCCCGACCAGGAACCGUUUUGCCGCCCUCCAUGAGACAGAAUGCAACGCUGUGGUCAUCGGAGAUUCAAUCGUCCGGAACGUACGCGCUUCCUCCACUAAAGGUAAGGUGCGCACUCAUUGUUUUCCUGGCGCCCGUGUUCUUGAUGUCUCUGCGCAGGUACCUGCGAUCCUGAAGGACGACGCUAACGUCGGAGCUGUCGUGCUGCAUGCGGGGGUGAACGACGUCAGGAUGCGGCAGUCGGAGAUCCUGAAGAGGGACUUCAGGAGUCUGAUCGAGACGGUACGCAACGCAUCGCCCACGGCGAGGAUCAUCGUAUCAGGGCCGCUUCCUACCUACCGACGAGGGAAUGAAAAGUUCAGUAGACUAUUUGCACUAAAUAAAUGGUUGAUGUCAUGGUGUAUUGAACAGAAGCUGCUCUUUGUUAAUAUUUUUGAUCUGUUCUGGGAGCGACCCAGGCUCUUCCGCCCUGACGGCCUGCACCCCAGCAGCAUCGGAGCGGAACUUCUGUCUGACAACAUCUCAAAGACGCUACGCACCGUUUGACUGUCUCCCACCGGUCUGAUUGGUGAGUUGUGUUAGUGGAGGUGACGGCCUGACGCGAAGUGAGGGGUCUGACUGUGGCAAGAUCUCCACCCCGGAGCUGCUCUGUGGCCCUGGAAAAUGCUUCUAAUUCUCAGCUGUCAUUUGUUGCUCACAGGCAGACUGGCAUGCAGUGGUCUUCCCCUCCCAGAGCUCUAAACAUGACAUACCACAAAGUGUUCCUCCCCCAUGCCACCCGCUAAGCUCCAGAAAAUUUCAGAGAAGACAUGUGAGCCACCAAACAGACGCCAAGAGCAGAAGAAUUUGCCAUUUACAGAAUUGUAAAAAUGUAAUUACAUAGAAACGUAUGUAUUAUUUAUGCACAACUGUAUAUCCUGCACUUGCUUAUUGCACUUCUGGUUAGACCUAAACUA